AUGGAGAACCAUAGCAGUAAGAAAACCACCGCCGGAGCCGUAGAAGAGAACAUCUUGGCCAUCCUCGACUCCACCGAAUCCGACGACACUCACUACGCCAACGACGACAGAACUGCUUUCCUUGAUGCCGUUCGUGCCGCUUCGCUUGUACCCGAAAAUGGAACUGCACCUACCUAUAAAUGGUUUGAGUCAAUCUUCGCUAUCUUGAGGAUUGGGAAGUCUCUUGAGCUGACUAUGGCAAGUUUUAAGCUGUUGAAUGAGUUGGAUAAGUGUUUCCCUCGGGUCCAUUUGUCUGCUGCUGUUGAUAAACUCACAUUAAUCGUGGACAAUGAGGCUUGGUCACCAUUUGCUUUUAGCGAGAGAGAAGCUGCUAAUAACCCUGGGGGAUCAGUUGACUCCUUUGGUUUCCAACAUCUGAUAGAAAACCUUGCUGAUGCAACUGCUGAACCAAACGUCCAAGCCUCAGACACAAAGUCCCUAGGAAACAUGUUGCUGUUUCAAUACCUAGUUAAUGUUCUCGAAGGAGAUUUUCAACCUCGCAGCCAUGUAUAUGCAGAAACUGCAAACUGGGUCCUUCUGAGAGAGUCUUUGCUCAACAUGCUUUUGGUAUCGCGGAAGAUUAACUACAAAAAUUUGAUGAAGGAUGUCAUAGUCAUUAUGUGUAAGCUGUAUCAAACCAAUGCUGGAUUCACUGAUGAUCUGAUAAGUUCACAGAAGUCUAUGGCACAACCAGCUAAAUUUUUUGAUACAGCUGCUACAAUUGCUUUGCUUGAGAUAGGAAAUAAUACCUGCAUAGCCAUGCAGAAGUUUUUAAUAAUGAUUAUGGAGCUUGACAUGUCAAAGAAGACUGCAGAUACCCGAGGGUCCACUACAAGGGCAGAUGGUGUCAGAACUCCUCUGCUGGAAAUAGUUCUGGAUGAGCUAACUUACGAUGAGGAUACCCUUGAGUCAUUUCUUCAGGUCUUCAAUGAACCUAAAUGGAAGCUUGAGAUAAUUGUGCAGUAUUUGUGGAAAUACAUUGGUAAGCCUUCUGUUCGAAUUCGUAGAUCAAAUAGUCCUAUAGAUGACGCAUCAUUCAAUGGAGCAUUGAAGUGCUUUUCAAAUCCCACCAGCACAAAAACCAUCAUAAAAAAGAUUAGGCCAGAACUAGCUCAGUUGCUUUUAGCACAUGGCCUUCAGGCUCAGGUGUCCUUACCAUGCAAACAUGUUGAGGGCACCUCUAUUUCCUGUGAAGAAAGAAGUAACAGUUCCCUCAUUGAAGUAUCUGAGAAUGUAAUAUCUGCAUUCAGAAAUCUCAGGACUGCAGACAAUGACCUGUUACAAUUCCUCUACGGUAUAUCAACUGUAGCUGGAUACUUGGAUAGCAACUUCAGUGCUUCUUGGAAAAUGGAGAUCUUGCCACUUGGAAAAGAAGCACUGUUUAUGGCAGCUGCUAUCAUAUCAGCACAGUCGUAG